AUGCAGCUCAAUGCGAAAUCUGCUAUUGAUCAUCGUCAUGUGAUCAACAUUGUGACUGACGCUACGUAUGCUCACUCGUCUUUAGAAAAAAGUAUACCGGAGUCCGUCAAAUUGGUGGAGGAAAUACUCAUGGAGCAGCUGAAGAUAAUUUUGCGCAAAGCGACAGAAUGUGCAAUUUGCAGAGGCUCACCUGGAAACCUUGUUGCUGAAGACUUCGUGUUCCUCAUGCGACGAAAUCACGGGAAGCUGAGACGAUUGCUUCAGUAUCUAGCUGCAAGAGAAAAAGUGCAAGCGACGGUUCCGGAGCAAGACGCAGAAGUGCGAGGGGUUCUGAGUGACGUUUUGCAGUUUUUGGAGAACAUGGAAAUAAGUUUGUACACUGUGGAGAAGAGCUAUGAAGAUUUCGUUGACGAGAUAAAGUUGGAGAGGGAAUUGAGGCUGGAGAAGUUGUCGAGAAGCCUGAGUUCUGCUGACUAUGUCAAAUUCACGAGAGCUCGGCAAGUGCAUUUUGCGAGAACCAAGGAAUUGCGGAAAGUGUUUGACACAUGGCUGAAUGAAAAUUUGAAAGUGAAGGUGACUCUGAGUGCCGGAGCCACGCUGAUUUUGCAGUACCUGGCCCACGAAACAAUCGCCUUGCUGAUGGACUACGGCUUCAUUGUGCGUCGGGAUCAGAGGGCCUGCUUGGCACUGGCCUUUCGACCCGACGGGUUACUCGAACCCGGAAUUCCGGGCUUCGAAGUUCCUCCUUGUGCGGGAUUUAAGGAUCCUCUGACACCCGUGGAAAUUCGCGAAGCGUUCAGACGUGCUACUGUUUUGGAAGGUCAGGUCGGAUCGCACAAUAUUCACGCGAGGAUCAGUUGUGGAGAAGUCAUUAUUGCAGUGUGA